AUGCUAAGCUACCCUAUGCACUCAGAGCUGGCUCAGCCACAGGCAGCGCCGGGGGCCGGGGCCGGGGCUGCGGCCGCGGGGGGCGGCAAGUUCUCCUGCCCGCGGGCCCUCAAGGUGCCCGCCUACCUCAACUACCGCUUCCUGGGCGAGAAGGACUGCGGCGCCCCCUGCGAGCCCGGCCGCCUCUACGGGCUCAUGUACUUCGGGCCCGAGGAGCUGCGCUUUGCCCGCACCUGGAUCGGCAUCUGGUCGGUGCUGUGCUGCGCCUCCACGCUCUUCACCGUGCUCACCUACCUGGUGGACAUGAAGCGCUUCAGCUACCCCGAACGGCCCAUCAUCUUCCUGUCGGGCUGCUACACGGCCGUGGCCGUGGCCUACAUCGCCGGCUUCCUGCUGGAGGAGCGCGUGGUGUGCAACGAGCGCUUCGCUGAGGACGGCUCGCGCACGGUGGCGCAGGGCACCAAGCGCGAGGGCUGCACCAUCCUCUUCAUGAUGCUUUACUUCUUUGGCAUGGCCAGCUCCAUCUGGUGGGUCAUCCUCUCGCUCACCUGGUUCCUGGCAGCUGGCAUGAAGUGGGGCCACGAGGCCAUCGAGGCCAAUUCGCAGUACUUCCAUCUGGCUGCCUGGGCUGUGCCCGCCAUCAAGACCAUCACCAUCCUGGCCUUGGGGCAGGUGGACGGCGACGUGCUCAGCGGUGUCUGCUUUGUGGGCAUCAAUAACGUGGAUGCCCUCCGCGGCUUCGUCCUGGCCCCCUUGUUCGUCUACCUGUUCAUCGGCACCUCCUUCCUGCUGGCUGGCUUUGUGUCGCUCUUCCGCAUCCGGACCAUCAUGAAGCAUGAUGGCACUAAGACAGAGAAGCUGGAGAAGCUGAUGGUGAGGAUUGGGAUCUUCAGUGUCCUCUACACGGUGCCUGCCACCAUCGUCAUCGCCUGCUAUUUUUAUGAGCAAGCCUUUAGGGAACAGUGGGAAAGGAGCUGGGUCACCCAGAGCUGUAAGAGCUAUGCCAUUCCCUGCCCCAACAACCACAGCAGCCACCACCCGCCCAUGAGUCCUGACUUCACUGUCUUCAUGAUCAAGUAUCUCAUGACCUUAAUCGUGGGCAUCACCUCAGGCUUCUGGAUCUGGUCUGGGAAAACGCUCAAUUCCUGGAGGAAGUUCUAUACUAGACUCACCAACAGCAAGCAGGGGGAAACCACCGUGUGAAGCCCAGCCCCACCUGGCUGAGGGAAACCUUGUGCCUCAAAGGUGGGUGAGGGACCUGUAUCCAGCUCGCCAUGUGGCCACCAUCCUAGCUGGGAUGGGGGGAAAUGCUUGCACAACAGUCAGACUUUCUGGACUGCUAACGGCAUCUCCAGCCUACAGGGAACUGAGAGAAGAGAGGCAGGUGGGGAAACUCCUAAACUGGGA